GUAAAAUAUCAUAAUAUGUCUUCAUUCUCGCAAGAAACAAAUUAAGCACACUACAACCACCAUGAAACUCCUCUCCAAUUUCACACACUUUUUAUCCAAUCUCCACCGGCGAUUCAUCCUCCUUCUAAUCCCUUCAAUCUCUCUCCUCCUCUUCCUCUUUUUCUCCACCAACGAAUUCAACAACAGCAACGUCACCGAAAACAAACGGAACUUGAAAUCCGAGUUGCUCCAAUCAAGAAUCGCCGUUUGUUUGGUCGGUGGGGCCAGGCGGUUCGAGUUGACCGGACCCUCAAUCGUCGAAAAUGUGCUUAAAGUGUACCCAAACUCGGAUCUUUUUCUCAACAGUCCACUGGACGAGAAUGCGUACAAAUUCUCUCUGUUAAAUUCGGUGCCGAGAAUCGCCGGCGUCAGGAUUUUACCGGCGAGUCAUGUGCCGGAGACUGAUGCGGCUGGCCGAGUUUUGACUCGGAUAGACUCGCCGAAUGGCAUUCAGGGCCUAUUGCAGUAUUUCAAUCUGGUGGAGGGUUGCUUAACCAUGAUUCAAUCAUACCAACACCAACACAACUUCACGUACAACUGGAUAGUUCGAACCAGGGUCGAUGGCUACUGGUCGUCCCAACUACCACCCGAACUAUUCAUCCCAAAACAAUAUGUCGUCCCAUCAGGAUCCUCUUACCACGGCUUCAACGACCGUUUUGGCAUCGGCGAUUACAACACCUCCAUCGCCGCCCUCUCCCGCCUCUCUAUCAUCCCAGAACUUGACUCGGCUGAGUUUCGUUACCUCAAUUCCGAGUCAGCGUUCCAGGCCCAACUCAGCGUUCGUAACAUCACAUGUGUUACAAAGCGGUUGGUCCCGUUUUGCGUCAUAUCCGACCGGAGAUACAGGUUCCCGCCAAUACGUUCGGAUGUACCGGUGGCGGCGAUUUCAAGUACAGGGCCAUUGAACGGGGCUAAGUGCAGGCCAUGUACACCGGUAUGUUCAGGGCGAUGUGCAGAAAGGGUUAUGAGUGGGUUAGAUAAGGGGUGGAGCUGGGCGGACGAUGGUGGCGGUGGGAUUGAGCUUUGUGAUGCUCAUGAGAAAUGGGAGGAUGGCUGGCCUGAGAAUUUUGAUCGGGUUGUCGGAAGUAAGAUGGCAGCUGAAAGGAAAAGGAUGUGGGAACUGUCGGUUAGUCGAUGUGUGGCGGAUUUUGAAGAGAUGAGGCGGAGGGUGCCGCAAUGGGAGGUUCCACCGGCUGUGAAUGUUUGUAGCUAUGGUUUGGGUUCUGUACUUACAUAGAAACCACACUACAAUUGCUGGUUGUGAUCGUUUUUAACUUGUAGUUUAAUGCAAGAAACAUGAGAUUUGUAAAAUGAUUAGAAAACAAGUCAAGCUCGAAUUUUAAACAUAUAUCUUGAGUACUUAGAUCUUGAGACAGGACGGGGCUAAGAAUUUUAUUUAUUUU